UUUUUUUUUUUUGCAAAGAUCACACGUUGACGCAGCGGCGAUUCCAACCGGGUGGAUCGGACGACGUCGACCGACCGUAAGGCGGGGCGGGCUCGCGCCAUCGACCGCACACCGGUGCCCCCGACACCUCCGCCCCGGGCUGUCCACUCGAACCGAGCGCGUACCGACAGGUCACAUCGGGGCCAUCCUGACCGUCCAGUCUCCCACCCGUACAUGUGCCGGACAAUCCCCAGUCGUCAGAUGGAGGAAGCCGACCCAAGCCUGCGCGUACAAAUACCCCCUCCUCGCACUCGAACCAACUCCUCCAUUCCACGGAGUCGCGGCCGCUGUCACAGUGGGUGGUGGUGUCUCCUGAUGCGGCUUCUCCCGCGGCUUUGCAUGGCCACCGGCGACAGCGCGGCAGCCGCCGGCGAGGGAGACAGCAGCAAUAGCGGCAGUAAGCAGCAGGCAGCGGCGGUGUCGUCCUCCUCGUCGACUGUCUCGACGUCGUCUUCCGCCGCGGCGGCCGCGGUGUCGGAGGCGUCGUCGUCGAUGUCCCUCCCUUCGCUGCCGUCGCUGUCGGAUGUGACGGGUAGCAUGAGCGCAAGCCUCGCCGCAUCGUUCGCCCAUGUUACUACUCUGUGCCCUCUGUCCACGGCGGCGGCGGCGGCAUCGGCUGCCGCCGUCGCGGCGGCGGACUACUCGGUUCACGGCGGUGGUGGUCUCGUCGUCGUCGUCGCCAGGCCGGCGGCUGUGGUCCUCCACGACGUGUUCACCAUGGAGGCGACCUCCACCUCCGACAUGGCGGAUGAUACUUCGGCGGCCGGGUCGGUCAAGUGCGUGGCGCACCUUCAUGGCGGCAAGGCCGCCGUGACGGGGCACCAGGACGGGAGGCUGCGGCUGUGGCGGAUGUCCUCCCGCGCGCCCGACCGGCUCCGCCUCGCCGCCGCGCUCCCCACCGUCUCCGACCGGCUCCGCCGGUUCCCCGUCCCGUCCAACCACGUCACCGUCCGCCGCCACCACCGUCGGCUCUGGAUAGAGCACGCCGACGCCGUGUCCGGCGUCGCGGCCUCCGCCGACGGCCGCCUCCUCUUCUCCGUCUCCUGGGACAAGACGCUCAAGGUGUGGGCCGUCCCGUCCCUCCGCUGCCUCCAGUCGCUGCCGGCGCACGACGACGCCGUCAACGCCGUCGCCGUCGCGCACGACGGCACGGUCUACACCGCCUCCGCCGACAGGCGCGUCCGCGUCUGGGCGCCCCGGGCGCCGGCGGCCGGGCCAGACAGGGCCUCGCGCCGCCCGGGCAAGAAGCCCGCCUACCACCUGGUGGCCACCCUGUCCCGCCACGCGGCGGCGGUCAACGCCGUCGCCGUCGGGUGCGGCGGCCAGGUGCUCUACUCCGGCGGCAACGACCGCUGCGUCGUAGUGUGGGAGCGGGAGGACAGCGCGAGCCACAUGGUCGCGGUCGGCGCGCUGCGCGGGCACCGCAGGGCGGUGCUCUCCGUCGCGUGCGCGGCCGGGGACGCCGCCGACGGCGCGCUGGUGGUCAGCGGGGCGGCGGACCAGACGGUCCGCGCCUGGCGGCGCGGCGCGGACGGGCGCGGGUACUAUUGCGUCGCGGUGAUCGACGGGCACGGGAGCGCGGUCAGGUCGGUCGCGGCGGCGCUCGUGACGGCGCAGAAGAAGCGUCGCGCCGACGACGACGGCGGCGACGAGGAGUGGAGGGUUUGCAGCGCCAGUUUUGACGGCGAGGUGCGGCUCUGGUCGCUGCGGGUUGCGGCGGCAUCGUAGCAAGGUCCCGGUUUGGCACGAUUUUUGACGUAGAAAAGUGUGCGUUUUUUUCUUCUUUUUCUGUUCGUUUUUGGACUCACGGAAGUUUGACUUGUUUGAGAAUGGAGAUACUCCUGCCUUUGUGUAUAUACGGGAGAGGGGAGUCUCUACGGUCCACUAUAUUUUUGGACUUUCCAAAAGCUGCUUAUUAGUAGUGAUUUCAAAUUUGCUUACAUUUUUCUUCAGGGAGUGUACAUUUCAGGUGUCUGGAUUUUUCAAAAGAUACAGUUACAUUUCUCAUCCUUGGAUGGUACUAA